AUGCGAGGGGGCUUUCUAUUAUUAAUGAGAGUAACUGCUGUAACGUCCUGUGUGACACUGGCAACAUCAUUAGCUGCACUCAAGGGACCAACAUCCAUGGCUGCAUUUCAAGUCUGCCUGCAGAUUUGGUUAGCAGUGUCCCUUCUUGCCGAUGAUCUAGCUGUUGCCGGGCAGGCAAUACUUGCAGGGGCAUUUGCUAACAAGGACUAUGAGAAGGCCAAAGCAACUGCAUCUCGAGUAUUACAGGUUCUUUGCAAUUUUGUAGCAGCCACUCAACCCCUCAACGCUUUGGCAUUUGUAUUUGAUGGUAUCAACUUUGGGGCAUCUGAUUUUGCAUAUUCAGCCAUUUCUUUGGAUUGCAACUGGAUCGGGACCCUGGAAGCUGAUUAA